AUGGGGUGCUUAGAUUUUCGGCGGAAAGUAGCGUCUGCUUGUAAAAGGCUUGCGGAGUAAGUUGGAACCGGAGGGAUGUACCCGUGGUCCAAAUAGUGCUACAGGGACCGAAGAUGGAUCUCAAAGUUUGUGUGAUUCUCAUGGUUCCUCUGGUGGGAUGGAUUGUCACCUCUGCAAACUCCCAAGAUGCAGGUACAAGGGCUCUUUUUCCGGACAUUUUCAAUUUAGCCAAUAGUUCGGAAAUCUCUGUGAAUGCUACGUGUGGAGAGAAUGGCCCGAAAGUGUUUUGUAAGUUAGUGCAACAUGUGAAGAUAUUUCCAUCGUCCAAUCAGCAUUGUGAUAUCUGUGAUGCCUCCAGCAACAUCGCUUCUCAACGUCAUCCGAUUAGCAAUGCCAUAAAUGGUCGCAGGUCUUGGUGGCAGAGCCCUUCCGUUACCAAUGGAUGGGAGUAUAACUACGUCACAAUCACCCUCGAUCUCAAACAGGUUUACCAUGUGGCCUAUGUAAUAGUGAAGGCAGCUAACUCUCCCCGACCUGGAAACUGGAUUUUGGAGAAGUCAGUGGACGGGAUACACUUCACACCAUGGCAGUACUUCGCCAGGUCCAACAAGGAGUGUUACAGGGUGUACGGUAUCAGGGCUACCCGGGGACGACCUCGGUACGAGAGGGACGACCAGGUCAUAUGUACCACCUUCUACUCCAAACUGGUACCCCUGGAAAAUGGAGAGGUGAUUGUGUCGCUGGUGAAUGGUAGACCUGGGAUAGAAAAUCCGAGUCGAACACUGCUGGACUUUCUGUCAGCUAGAUAUGUGCGGUUACGCCUUCAGAGGAUUUUGACCUUGAACGCAGAUCUGAUGACCUUCAGGUUCAGUGACCCUAAAUACCUUGACCCGUCAGUGACACGGCGGUAUUUCUAUUCUAUAAAAGACAUCUCCAUUAGUGGCCAGUGUAUAUGUUAUGGUCAUGCCUCAAGAUGUCUCACCAUCAGAAGUACAGAUAGACUUCGCUGUGACUGUAGCCACAAUACGUGUGGUAAUAACUGUGAGAAAUGCUGUCCCAGACAUAACCAGAAACCAUGGCGACGAGGGUUUAACGGGGAUGCAGCUCCUUGUGAAGCUUGUAACUGCCAUCGCCAUGCCGAUGAGUGUGUUUAUAACAGUACCGUGGCGGAACAGGGUCUCAGUCUGAAUAUACGUGGCGAGUACGAUGGUGGAGGGGUGUGUCUCAACUGUAGGGACAACACUGCAGGAGUGAACUGUGAAAGAUGCCGGGACGGGUACUACCGCCCUGCAGGCGUACCAGCCACCAGUUCCCGCCCAUGUCGUCGCUGUAACUGUCGAGAGUCCCGAGGGUCCACCAGUCGCUGUGUGCCGGAUGACUCAAGGAUCGGAGAGGGCCUGAUCCCAGGUCAUUGUGUGUGUAAACCUGGAUAUGGAGGUCGUAACUGUGACGACUGUGCACUGGGUUACUAUGGUUACCCUAACUGUGAACCAUGUCCAUGUAACUCUAAGGGGACAGUAGACGCUACCCAGUGUGAUGGAUCCUGUGUGUGUAAGAGUAAUGUGGAGGAUCGUAACUGUGAUAGCUGUAAGCCUGGCUACUUCAACCUACAGCAUGCCAAUCCUGAUGGCUGUACUGAAUGUUUCUGUUUUGGAGUUAGCUUCUCCUGUUCCUGUUCAGGCCUGGGACUACAGGAGAUCUGUGACAUGAGGGAUGGAAUGAAGGGUUGGACUAUCACAACACUAGACAGAUCUAAGGGCUUCACACUUUUCUCUAAAACCAAUGAUGAAGGUUGGCUGGAGCAUCGCUCCUUCCCCUCCCGCAGUCAGAACUCCCUCAACGCCAUGGACAGCCAGCAAAUCUACUACUGGGAGGCUCCAGUCAGUUACCUUGGCAACCGGCUGAGCUCCUACGGAGGAAUGUUGUCCUAUACCACCAGAUACACACUGGACAACGUGGCUCGUGUACAGCGACAUAUAUACGACAUUGACAUCAUCAUCCAGAGUGGGAACCUGACGAUCAGCCCGGGGAGGAACUACCUGCGUGAAGAUACUGAGAAGAUGGUGCGAAUCCCUCUAAUUGAGAAGGACUGGUUUCUCUUCACCGACACAGGGCUUUACUCCACAUCCAUGAUACCUGUUACACGACGUCAGUUCAUGGAGAUCCUGUACCGUGUAGAUCGCAUCCUGAUCAGGGCCACCUACCACUCUGCUCAGGACACUGUCUUCCUUAAGAAUGUGAUAUUAGAGAGUGUGAGUGACAGCUCACAGAGCCCAUUGUCCCUCCCUAGUGUGGAGAUGUGUAACUGUCCCCCUGGCUAUGCUGGACUCUCCUGUGAGAGGUGUGCCCCUGGGUACAGAAGAUUGAACGGCCAGCUGUACGGAGGGAUCUGUGAGGGGUGUGAUUGUAACGGCCAUGCUGACACAUGUGACCUGGUCACUGGCAGGUGUACGGAAUGUCAGCACUUUACAACAGGCAACAACUGUAACCAGUGUUUACCAGGUUACUAUGGUGACCCACGACGGGGUACAGAGAAGGACUGUAAGCCCUGUGCUUGUCCACUCCCUGACAGGACCAACAACUUUGCCACGUCCUGUCGCUUGGAACCUGUCCCCGGUAACUAUGACAACUAUGUGUGUGAGGGCUGCAGGACAGGACACACAGGACCGCACUGUGAAAGGUGUGCACCUGGUUUCUAUGGAGACCCUAGACAGCCAGGUGGGUACUGUCGGCCAUGUAGCUGUAACGGAAAUAUUGACACAUCAGAUUAUGGUAGUUGUGAUCCUAUCACAGGGGCUUGUCUCCGUUGUCGUGACAACACAGAGGGAGAAAGGUGUGAUCGUUGCAGACCUGGAUACUUCGGUACAGCCAGGAAUGGCGACUGUCAGGUGUGUAACUGUGACCAGGGUGGAUCACUGACCACUGAGUGUGUCAGAGAGACCGGUCAGUGUGAGUGUCGCUCAAAGUUCGGAGGACGUCGUUGUGACCAGUGCCAGAGGGGUUAUGGAAAUGUGGGAGCUGGUUGCCUUUCCUGCGAGUGUGACCCCUAUGGGUCACUGACCCUUGAGUGUGACAUGUUGACUGGUCAAUGCCCAUGUCAUCCAGGGGUCACAGGUCAAACAUGUGAUGCCUGUCAAGAUGGACAUUAUGGUUUCUCUCAGAGAGGGUGUUUAGAUUGUGAAUGUGACCAACUGGGAACUAACUUAACAGAACAGUGUAGUAACACCACCGGUUACUGUAACUGUCUGCCUCACGUGAUUGGCUCAAAGUGUGGUGCAUGUCAGGACCACUACUACGGCCUACCUAGAGGAGAGGGUUGUUCCCCCUGCCAAUGUGACCCAGUGGGGUCGCUAUAUCGCCAGUGUGACAGAACAACAGGCCAAUGUGUGUGUCGCCCCGGGGUGGGGGGACGGACCUGUGAUGCAUGUAGCCAGGACUAUUUUGGAUUUUCUGUUUACGGAUGUAGAAGAUGUGACCCCUGUGACAAACCGGGCCAUAUCUGUGACCCACAGUCUGGGAGUUGUGUGUGUCCCCUGUACACCACUGGGCCCCGGUGCGGGCGCUGCCGACCCAAAACUUGGGGAUAUCAUCCCACCGAAGGCUGUAAGCCCUGUGGGUGUAACCCUAGGACCUCUAAGUCUGAGCAGUGUAACCGUAACACGGGGAAGUGUAACUGUAGGAGAAAUUACUCCGGGGACCGGUGUGACCGCUGUCUAUACGGCUAUCAUGGAUUCCCCAACUGUGUGGCCUGUCAGUGUGAUGACCGCGGAACCAACGCCAGCAGCUGUGAAAGUCCCAACAAGUGUGAUUGUGACGACAGUGGGCAGUGUGUGUGUAAGAAAAACGUGGAGGGUGAGGCUUGUGAUAACUGUAAACCUAACACCUUCAGUCUGGACAAGGAGAACCCCAGUGGCUGUACCAAGUGUUUCUGUUUUGAGCGAUCCUCCACCUGUACUCAGGCUCCCUAUGUCUGGGACCAGAUGAGAAUUCCAGAUAUGCGGAUGACCUUUGACCCAAGAGUUUCCAGAGUUGUGACUCGACAAUUCAAAAACUUCAAUGUGAUACCAGAGGGCACUGCUUACACAUCUAUCCCAGGGUACCUGAGGGCUGGGCCACUGUACUGGAAACUCCCUCAAACAGGAGACAUGACUUUGUCCUAUAACGGUGGCCUGCGGUUCAAUGUGCUGUACCGAACAGAGGAUAACACUCGAUCCUCCACACCGACACAGAACCACCCCUCUGUGUUGAUUGUAGGCAACACCUUCCAAAUGAUAUACAACAGCUCGAAGUCCUGGAUUCCAGGCUCAACACACAGCUUCAACAUUCAGCUACAUGAGAGCCAGUGGGAGGUGCAGGGCUUUGACAAGGUGGCCACGAGGAAGAUGAUGAUGAUCAUUCUCCAGAACGUCACAGCCAUUCUAGUCCGAGGCUCCUAUGACAAAAAUACUGUGUACUCUGAGAUAACUGACAUAGUGUUAGAAGUGGCUGGACCACCUGUACCUGGUCGUAACCUGGAACCAGCCCUGGGAGUUGAGAUCUGUGAGUGUCCGGCCAAGUACAGUGGACUGUCCUGUCAGCUUCCUGCUCCAGGAUUUUACAGAUUCCGAUAUAACCUGACCAUCGAAAUCUCCGACCCAAUCCUCAUAAUUGGAGGGGUGGAGGAGUGUUUCUGUAAUGGCCACAGUAACAUGUGUAAUAUCUUCUCUGGACAAUGUCAGAACUGUACCGGCAACUCAUAUGGGCAUAACUGUGAGUUGUGUGCCCCUGGAUAUUUUGGUGAUGCCACCAGAGGGACAGAUGCUGACUGUAGGCCAUGUUUGUGUCCCAGUGUCACCAACAGUUUCAGUACGACAUGUGAGAUUCAGCGCGGGGGUUUGGUUUGUACCAAUUGUUCAGAGGGCUACACAGGAACUCGCUGUCAGAGCUGUGCAGAUGGUUACUAUGGAAACCCCACCAAUGUGGGAGGGGCAUGCAUACCAUGUGACUGUAAUAGGGACGGCUCUGUGUCUGGUCGCUGUGACAACAGUGGACGCUGUGUGUGUCUGCCAGGAAUCAUGGGUGAAAAGUGUGACUCGUGUCAACCUCGAUAUGCUGUGGUGGAUGGUGCUUGUGUCUCAUGUGAUGUUGGGUGUACAGCGGACCUGAUGAUGGAGAUGGACAAACUUGACAACGUCACCCUGACUGUCAACAUCACCGGGAUAUUCCCUGUGCCCUGGGACAGGCUGUGGAGGAUCAACAAUGAUACCAAACAACUCCGGGAACAGUGGGAUGCACUACAGACGGCAGAGAUCCGUGACUUAGAAAAUCAGUUGGCUCGUCUGGAAAUUAAAGCAAAGGAAUUAAAAGCAAAGUCUGUCGAAGUAAUGGCAGAUGGAGACCUGGCAGUGAUACAGGCAGAUGCACUUGACACCAGUGCAAAUGAAAUCAAGAAUGAAAUUGAUGACCUGUUUGAUAAAAUCAAAGACAUCGUAGCCAACAUUGACAUUUCUAUUGACCGACAUCCAAACUCCACUGGCAUCGACAUAUCUGAUGCUCUCGCUGCUGCCAAGAUAAUUUUGAAAGAGAUUGAGAACAGGGACUUCUCUGAUAAGGAGACAGAAAUUGCUGUGCACGCCAUGAAGGUGGAAAGUCUGCAGUAUAGAAUAAAGAACAUGAAGGUGGGUCUGGUUAACACUUCUUCAGUGAAGACUGAGCUGGAUGAUGCCCUGAGGCGGUUACAAGACCUCAAACAGAAGGCAAAUAACACAGAGAAAGUUGUUGACGAAGUGUCCAGCAAAAACCUUGGCAUCACUGUUAAAAACAAAAAAUUGGAGGACCUGAUGUACGAUAUAGAUGGUGCCCAGGACCAGGUGGUGAAGAGCCUGGUCGGAGGCUAUCAGAUCAUCAAGGAAGCCCGCGCCCUCCUCAGACGUACUCGCCUAAAUAUUGAUAAUGUGAUCAGUGAGGCGAGUUCCCUGGACUACAUCCUACCAGAACUGAAGAAGGUAGAUCAGGACCUGGGGAAUGAGAUCCCUGUAGCAGAGAACCACACCCAGGUGGCAUUAGACCAUGCCGAGAAACUUCUACGUCAAGCUGACGUCCUGGAGAAGAUGUUUGAGAAGGCGAGAGCUGACGCAAAGCUUCCACUGAAGGCAGCUAACAUUUACAAGAACAUUGUAAGUGCGAUAGAGGAGGCCGAGGAGGCAGCUCUCAGGGCACUGGCUGCUGCUGACAACUCCACAGAUCUGAUUGAUCUUGACCGGAUCAAGGACACAGUAGGAAAGUCAGUCAAUAGGAGCAGAGAUCUAAUGAAGAGGGCCAACAAAGCUAGAGCGGAUGUCACAGAACUGACCGGGGACCUAAAGGCUAUGGAGAAUACACUGGACAAUGUAAACAAAACUCAAGCCAACACUCGGGACAAACUACAUGCUACUGACCAGGAUAUGAAAAAACUACCUAAAGAUGUAAGUGACAGAGCUAGGGCGGUGAUGAAGGAUAUAAGUGAUACAGAGACAUCAAUGAAAGCCACCAAGGACAAGGUCAAGGGCAUCCAAAACAACAUCAACAGUGACCUCAUCCCUAAACUGAAAUCAAUGCAGGAUUUCAACAUAGACAGAAUAGCUGUUGAUGUCCAAAAUUCAGCCAACAACGUAACUGCAAACAUCCGGAGUAUCCAGGCCAUUAUAGAUGAUGUAGAGGCUGCCUCAAACAAAACCAAGGAAGAGGAGACACGACUGGAGGCCAAGCUUAAAAAACUCCGGGAUAGCAUCAAACAGGCUCGUGCUCAGGCCGAAAAGGUGAAGGUUUCUCUAUCAACAUCUGGCAGUUGUUCCCGGUCGUUUGUUCCUCAGACACAGCCUCGUACCACAAACAGUAUCAACUUCAUCUUCAAAACCAACAACUCUGAUGCCGACAUGUUGAUAGUCAUCGUUCAGAAGAGUCCUCAGGAGUACAUGGCUCUGGAUCUGAUUAGGGGUAAGAUACACUUCUCCUGGGAUGCGGGCAGCGGGCCAGGCUCUGUCACCAACGAUAUGAUCAUCAGAAACGAGGAUAACUUCAUUGUAGAGAACAAGAAGUGGUACCACGUUAGUGCUAAAAGGAUUGGACGUGUGGGGACCCUUGAGGUUUAUAAGAUGGACAACCCGGGAGGUGUUGUGUCAGCCACUGGGUCUGCCCCCAUAGGGAGGACCAUCCUCCAGCUGGACCCCUCGGAUGACCUGUAUGUCGGUGGAGUGCCUAAAUCCUACAACAUGGCUUCAGCUGUAGCCAGAGGAAACAUGUCAGGCUGUAUGGGAGAAUUGUUUAUAGACGACGUGCGUGUUGGACUUCACAACUUUAAACAGUCGUAUGGGACAUGUGGAGGCUGCAGAGAUGUUCCAUCUCCUGGCAGUCUUGCUACAGAUACCUUCAACUUUGAUGGGACCGGUUAUUCAUCCCUCCAACAGGAUGACAAAUACAUCAGUGUCCGAUCAUUCAUCAAGUUUGAGUUCAAAACUUUCUGGGAAAACACCACCCUUCUGUUCUCUGGAAACCCUGUGUCUGGAGAUUUUAUAUAUUUGAGCCUGCUAAAUGGACAUGUUAUGGCCCACAUUUACAUGGGUGGGCAGAGUCACAUACGUCUGGAGACCAACAAAACGUACAAUAACAAUCAGUGGCAUAAGGUGCUCCUCAACCGGAACAAACUCGAGGCCUUUUUGUCGGUUGGAGAUGCGGAUGAGGCUAUUGCUGAGGCCGCCCCCGGUAACACAGGACUGGAACUCAAGUUUGUGCCCUUGUUCUUUGGAGGGGUACCUGAGAGCUUUGAUCUGACACCAUUCCAAAAAAGGGGUGUCCUCCCCAGCAUGCCUUACCUAGGAUGUAUGCAGAAAGUCCAGGUAGACCUGAAGACGAGGGACCUACUCCAGGGGAACUCAGUCGGAGUCAAACAGGGCUGUCCCAUAUCUGGUUAUCGUAAAGUUGGAUUCUAUGGCAAUGGUUUUGCAAUGUAUGAUGGAAGUCCACUGGCAAAAGAUGCAGGCGAGGUAUCUCUGUCCUUCACCUCGACACAGAAGGACACCAUGCUUCUUCUCGCCAAGGACACUGACCAGGAGCCUAAUUCGGAGCCCAAGAACUUCUACUCGUUGGCAUUGGUAGACGGCCAUGUAGAGGGCAGAUUCAGUGGCACUUUUCUACCUGUGACUCUCACCUCCAACAAGAGGUUCAAUGAUGGUCUCUUACAUAAUCUGGCUGUCCGCAAAAGCAGAAGGGAAAUAGAGCUGUAUGUGGACGAUGUGUUAGUGGGGAUGGGGACUCUACCCGUGGCCACCCAGGGGAUCGUAGUCGAGAAGCUUUACCUGGGCGGGGCACCUAAUCUCUCCAGCCGUCAAGUGAUGGUCGCCAACAUCAAUGGCUUCAACGGCUGCAUCAGUGACAUCAUCGUCGAUGGGAAUAUACUGAGCUUGAACAACCCUGAACAGUAUGAACAUGCUGAUAUUGGUCGGUGUAGAACACCCAUUACUCCCCCUGUCCCCGCUACCCCUGAAACUACCCAAAGACCCACUCCUGCACCUACUCCUGCACCUACUCCUGCUCCUACUCCUGCACCUACACCAAAGCCUACCACCAAGAAACCUACCAUGCCUGUGCCUACUACGCCUGAACCCACCACUCCUAUGGCCGAACCAACCUCCUGUGCUGACCCAACUGACGAAACAACAGAGUUCAUGGCCCUGGCAUUUGGAGAAUCACCAGAAAGCUUUGGGGAAAUUACACUAGACAAGAAGAGUGUCUCAUCUGUAUUCAAUGUGUCCAUUGAGUUCAAAACAUUCCUACCUUCUGGAUCAUUCUUCUACAUCACAAACCCUCAGAAGAUCGCUUACCUAGCUGUACAGCUUAUUGACGGUCAUGUUUCUCUCAUGUACCGAUACAACGGUGACAGUUUUAUGCUCAACGACACCAAGACGGUCAAUGAUGGUCAAUGGCAUAGACUAGUGGUUAAUAAGGGAACCAAACUCAUCAAGUUAAGAGUAGAUGAUGGUCGGGAAAGCAGGGGCCGUGUCCAGAAGAGAAUGGAGCUGGAGGGUCCGAUGCAUGUGGGCGGGGGCUUCCCUACAAUAGCCACACCCCCAGGAUUGGUUACCCACAGCUUGAGAGGCUGUAUAAGAAACUUUCAGAUCAAUGGUAAAACCAUCCUAAUCGCUGACGCUGAUAUCGUCAGUGGUAUCAGGAACUGCUACAGGACCAUGGAGCCUGGUGUGUACUUCACAGGAGGUGCCCUGGGAGUGUUGGACCGUGAAUAUGAUAUUGGAUCUAAGAUGGUGGUCAGUUUUGCGUUCAGGACACACAAGCCAAAUGGUGUGAUACUGACCAUCAGUGAAUCUUCAGGGUCCCCAGCGUUAACACUGGAGCUCUUCCAGGGACAGGUUAAAAUGACUGUAAGCAACGAAGACAAGUACACAGCAACGACAUCAGAGAGUCGAUACUCCCUAUGUAAUAACAAGUGGCACAAUGUCGAGGCUAGCGUCAUUGGUAACGUCAUCAAACUCAUCGUAGAUGGACAGUCUAAGUUCGGUGUCAGUUCCAGAGAUGCUACCUUCAUCACGACCGCCUCACCACUGAUAGUGGGGGGUGUACCAACGUUUGCGGCCAUCCAGGGUGCUGCCUCUACAACUGAAGAAUUUCAGGGAUGUUUGCGUGACUUUAAGUUUGGGCGGGUGGAAGGGGAUACACCUCUUAUAGACUGGUUUACCAUACCCAUUGACCGCAACAUCCACAAGGCCGGUUGUCCUGUAUGAUAGUUAAGUGUCUAUAGCCUGUGUACUUUGUAUUCCCUAUUACAACAGUUGGUUCUGGUCAAGGAAGGCAGCUGAUGAAGUAGAUCUGAUGUUAGUCCACUCAUUCUGAAAAGCAUGGAAUCUAAACAUGAUAUGAUAUCAUACACUCCAGUAUCGGACACAAUAGAGAAUGAAGGACAAAACAGUUCUCAAGGUUGUACUGACCUUCAAAACAACAUAACGUAAAAUGAAGGAAAGAAAGUUCUCGGCCACACCAGGGAGUGCUGACUUUCAUUGCCUCUAUAAAUCCUUCGAUCAUCAACUCAACACCUGUAGAUCUUAGAUAGAGACUGGCUUUGCUAUGUCGUCAGAAAUGGGAUUGUUUAUAAAUUACCUGUAUCCAUUGAUACUGAUUAUGUUUGGCGAUUACGGUUACACAAGAGAUCUUGCUGUCGUUUGAAAUAAGAGUUACGAUAUGACAAAAAGGAAGAUGGCAGAUAUAUGAUAUAUAUGUCCUAUAAUGCUAUGUACAUGAUGUAUUAUUUUAUACAUGUAUGUGUAAUGUAUUAGGUGUCAAUGUAAAAGUAUUUUGUAUUUAUUCCAUAGCAAAUUGUUUAGCCGUAAAUAGAGUAUGAUUGACAUCAAGUGGCCAGUAACGAACUUUGUGUGUUAUCUCAGGUAAAAUUACCACACCUGUGCUAUUUACCAGGUAUGUGUCAUUACAAAUGUACUGUGUUUAAGCCUAGAUGAACUAUUAAUACCUGUGUUUAUCCGGUAUAAAACCAUUAUAUAUUUUAUCUAUUAAAAAAAAAGAAUAAAAAAAUGUUUUGGUCAACUGGUGCUUGAUUUUUGAACUCAUGAAGCUAUAAUUUUGAGAGCUGUGCAAUUUUACAUUGAAUAUGAUCUAUCGUGUACCUUUUAGAUCUUAUUGUAUGAAAGGUUUUACAAAAGGGUCCUGCUAGAAGUUCAUAUACAAAAUUAUCUGCACACCUGUGUAUUUCUGUAAUAUUACACACUUUUAACUUAUUUCACAUGACUUGGCUGGUCACUGUAACGGGUAUAUACUAUAAGGGUGUUAUAAUCCAUGCUUAGCCUCGUCUGAUACAGCUUAACCAGGUCACUGUAGUAUGGUAUAGACAGUAGUCAUAUAAUAUUCCUUGUUAACCGUUUUCUAACACAACUUGGCCUGGUGAGAUACGACCAUGUGACUACAGUAUAUACAUACUUAGCCUCUCAAACCUGACGUCAGCAGAUAAAGGUAUAAUGUCCAUUAACCUUGACUCAUAUGACUUGACAAGGUAAUUAUAGUAGAGGAUUUAAGGUAAAAGUGUAAGAUUUCCACGCGUGGUUUCCUAACAUGAGUUGGCCAGGUGAAUUAUGACCAGGAGUCCCUUACCUGAGAAUCCCAUCAAUAAUUGACAGCCAGAUGAUCAGGCGUGGGUAGCCAGUCUGGGAGGAUGAGGAUUAAUUAAUUAGAAUACUCCUGUCCGACAUGUCAAUGUUUGCAUGCAAACUGAUCAUGCAGCCUUGACUGUUAUAUGGUAAAGUACCCCAUCAUACACCUGAUCGUCAGUAAACCAUUCACAUUAGUUGAUGUUGGGAUUAAGGUAUGUUUGUCCAAAUACCAGGACAACACAAUUAAGGAUCUUAAAUUAUGAUUUUUCUCUUCUUAUUAUAUAGUAUAUUGUAUAAAGAGAUACAUAUAUCCUAAAUCUUUUUUUUUUAAAGGACAAAACCUGCAAAGUCUGAAUUUACGUAUUUUACGUAUUUAAUACCCCGUUUUAUAGCCUGACCUUGACCUGAGCAGUAGUACUUUUACUGACUUUUCAGAUACCUACCUCAAAUGUAGCCUAAGUUGUGAAUAAUAUACAUUGGAAACUGUACUCAAGAUUACUGUACUUUAAAAAAAGUUAAUAAUUAUUAUUAUGGAGCUAGAGAUCUUUAUUGAUUUAGUUAAUGUGAAAGUUUAGACUGAUCACCAGUGUACCACUGGCCGAGGCAGUAACAAGCCACUAGAUGGUGAUACCACUGGCCGAGGCAGUAACAAGCCACUAGAUGGUGAUACCACUGGCCGAGGCAGUAACAAGUCACUAGAUGGUGAUAUCACUACCGAGACAUAAGAAAUGAAUUAAGUUGUUAUUCCAAUUCUACUUUGGACAUUUGAUUAGUGAUAAUUACUGAUUCCUAAGAAAUUUUACUCGCUUUUUCCAAGGUAUGUCUGUUAACUCUAAAAUCACUGAAAAAGGAUCAAUUGAUAUAUGUCAAGUUGUGUUAUAAAGUUUAUUUGAAUUAAAAUAUCCACAUUACUUAAAUUAGUAUAUACUGUUGCCUUACAUUAUCAUAUCUCAAAUGUUGUGUAACUUUUAUCAUUAUAUGUAAGUUUCUGUCUCCACAUUUCUAACAAUCUUUAUAAGUCCAGUAUCAUAUAACCAAGACUGUUUCCUCAUGUUCCAAACGGUUGGACCAGACUUGUUCGUAUAUGAAAUAGGGAUAGACCUAGUGUUUCGAUGUUGUUUUUGGGCAAGCCUUGGCAAAGGCCUGCAGUAACAUUUGCAUGUGCAUCAGGUUUUACUCCUAAAACAUAACAUUUAUAAAAUGGUUGGUCUACAUAAAAGAACAGGCCCAUGUAUAUACUCUAAGGGGAGAUAACUGCACCUAUCUCCUCUGUCGUGUUGCUGAAUUAUCAUCAUCAUGUUAUAUAUAUGCAUUGAUCUGAAUAAAGAUUUGUUAUUUAUAUAAACAUGUAAGUUGUUGUAAAUUUUUGUACAAAUUAUUUAAUUUAGAAUAUGAUGCGAGUACCAGGAGUAAUUAUUAAGUACAUUGUAUUAAUUUUAAAACCCAGAAAUAUAGACAUCACUCAGUCUACCAAUCAAACCAAAGCAGAGAUAAUAUUUAGAUACAAUCACAUAAUGUAUUGGAAAAUUUUAUAAAAUACCAAAACCAUGUACCCAGUAAUAUAUUCUAAUAAGGUGUGUAACUUCAGGGCUUUUUAAUGUCCUCUCCAUUUCCAACCCCAAAAAUUGUAUUUAGUAUAUUUUAAAAAAAUGUAGCUCAGGAAAUUGAUUGAUGUAUCUCCUGUUACUUAGCAUUGUACACUUGUAAAGUUCUCAUAUCAUACUUUUAUCUUAAUUAAAACCAGUUUUUAGUACACAAAUACCUGAUAUAUUAAAUUUGUGUCUAUGUUAAUUAUUUUUGUAAAGUGUUUAAACAUAUUCAUGUAAAUGAUAGCUGUGUU